AUGGCUUACCCAGCCAUGUUCUGGCAGCACCAGGAGUAUCGACAAGGAGUAUCAGGAGAAACAUCAGGAGAAACACCAGGAGGAGCAGUGAUACCAGCAGUGCCCCCACCAGCGGUGCCUAUGCUGCAAACACUGAUACAGCCACCAGGAACAGCAGCAGCAGCCGCAGCAGCAGCAGCAGCAGCAGCAGGGGCAGCAUCAGCAGCAGGAGCGGCCGGAGCAGCAGCAGCAGGAGCAGCAGGAGCAGCAGCAGGAGCAGCAGGAGCAGCAGCAGCAGGAGCAGGAGGAGGAGCAGGAGCAGGAAGCAUGGGACCUCCACCGAUCCAGAUCUACUCCUAUUCCCCCGCUUCCUCCUACGGAACCCUCCCCUCCCUCAUUCCCUCUCUCCCUCCCUCGGGCAUCAUCCCUUCUCCGUACUUUGCCCCAGGCUUCCCCCCUUCUAUGGUGUAUCCGGGAAAUCUCAGCCAAAGCAGCAGCACGGGUAGGUCCAUGGGUUAUCCGGGAAACCUCAGCCACAGCAGCAGCACGGGGAGUAACGGGAGCAGCUACAGCAGAGGAGGCGGGGAGGGAGGUGGGGGAGGAAGAGCAUGGGGGGGAACAGGAGGGGGAGGAGGAGGAGGUAAAGGAGGGGGAGGGGGAGGAGGAGGAGGAGAGCUGCGGAGUAGCAGGAGCUUCAACGAGAGAAGAGGGUUUGAAAUGGGAGGCGGAGGAGGAGGAGGAGGUGGUGGUGGUGGUGGUGGCAGUAGCAGUGGUGGUGGUGGUGGUGGGAGUGGAAGGAUGAGGCAAGAUUGGGAUGCUUCAGGGAAGCUUCCGCCAGUGUACCCACAGCGGCCAGGGGAGCAGGAGUGUGCGUAUUACAUGAGGACGGGCAGCUGUGCGUAUGGGUCUAGAUGCCGCUUCAACCACCCUCCCAGGGCGAUGCAGCCGUUGCUCCCAGCCACGCCCUAUCCGCAACGACCGGGGCAACCAGAGUGCAAGUACUAUCUCAAGACGGGCACUUGCAAGUACGGACCCUCCUGCACCUUCCACCACCCGCCGCUACUCGCCUCAACGCCUGCCGUCUCCUCCCACCUGCCUCUCAACGCGCUCGGCUAUCCCCUCAGACCGACCGGUUCCGCCACCCUACUGGUUUGUUUCUCAGGCGCCUUAAAAAUGCCCCCCCCACCUGCCUCUCAACGCGCUCGGCUACCCCCUCAGACCGACCGGUACGUAUCAUACACACAGGUAUCUGCUCACUCGUGUUUUGCCCUACUCGCCUCAACGCCUGCUGUCUCCCCCCACCUGCCUCUCAACGCGCUCGGCUACCCCCUCAGACCGGGCGAGACAGAAUGCGCAUUCUUCCUUCGCACAGGGAGGUGCAAGUUCGGAGCAACAUGCAAGUUCCACCAUCCUGACCUGCACCCGACCCCGCUACACCCGUCCGAUUUACACCCCUCCCAGCUACACCCCUCCCAGCUACACCCCUCCCAGCUACAUCCCACCCAGCUACAUCCGUCUCAACCGCAUCUCACCCAGCAGCACCCUUCCCAGUUGCUGCAGGCACCAGUUCCGUCUCCGCAGUUCCAGGGUCCUCUUGGCCAGCAAACGUCGCUGCUACAGCCGUCCCAGCUGCAUCCCUCCCAGCAGCAUCACUCCUACCAGUAUGCCUCCCAGCUACAACCGUCCCAGCUACAGCCGACCCAGCAACAACCGUCCCAGCAGCAGCAGGCGCAGGUCAGCAGCAUCAGUACCAACCCAUGCAGCAAGGCGGAGGGGGGAGCGGCGGGGGAGGGUGGGGAGGAGGUGGAGGUGGGGGAGGUGGGGGAGGAGGGGGAGGAGGGGGGAGUAUAA